UGUGAGUUUUUCUUUACUACUAUUUCUUUUUAUUUUAUCUUUACCUCCAUGCGUAUAAUUUAUAAUUUCUGAAUAUAUUAUUACAAGAAUAUGGAUAGUAAUUAUACAUCACUUUCCAAGAAUUCAUCUUUUGUUGAGUUAGAAUUAAAAGAUGAUAACUUUAUUAAAGAUGGGUAUUCAAAAUCAAACAUUGAGGAUGAUCUUGAUGCUAAUGAUAUUGAUUUUGAUAAUUUACCCCUUAUUUUUGGUGAAAAGAAAUCUGGGUCUGGGAUAUAUGGUGCUGUUUUUAAUCUUACAACUACUAUCAUUGGUGCUGGGAUUAUGGCAUUGCCUGCCACAAUGAAAGUAUUGGGUUUGGUUCUUGGGUUUGUCUUAAUAUUCUUGAUGGCUAUUUUGUCUGAGAUCAGUGUUGAAUUGCUUGUCCGGUUUACUGUUCAUUGCAAGGCGUCGUCGUAUGGGGAGGUUGUUCAGGCUGCAUUGGGGAAAACAGCUAAGGUUAUAUCUGAGAUUUGCAUUAUUGUUAACAAUGCUGGUGUUUUGGUUGUGUAUUUGAUUAUAAUAGGGGAUGUUUUGUCCGGUUCGCUUCGUCAUAUUGGUGUUUUUGAUCAAUGGUUAGGUCAUGGAGUGUGGGAUCAUAGGAAGUUGGUGAUUUUGGUUAUGUUGGUGAUUUUUCUUGCACCCCUUUGUGCUUUGGAUAAGAUCGAUUCGUUGAGCUUGACUUCGGGUGCUUCUGUAGCUCUCGCGGUUGUAUUUGUGUUGGUUGCUUUCACCAUAGCAUUUAUUAAGCUGGUUGAAGGGAAGAUUGAAGCUCCGAGAAUGACCCCGGAUUUUGGGUCUAAGAAGGCAAUCCUAGACCUGCUUGUGGUGAUACCUAUCAUGUCGAAUGCUUAUGUUUGUCAUUUCAAUGUUCAGCCUAUUUAUAAUGAGCUUGAAGGGCGAUCACCUCAGAAAAUGAAUCUGGUUGGGCGGAUUACCAGUGCUAUCUGUGUUUUGGUGUAUGCUUCUACUGCAAUAGCUGGUUAUUUACUUUUCGGGAAGGAUACUGAAUCUGAUGUGCUCACUAACUUUGAUAAAGACCUUGGAAUUCGUUUCAGCACGCCUUUAAAUUACAUAGUCCGUGUUGGCUAUGUUUUUCAUCUAGUUCUUGUUUUCCCUGUUAUUCAUUUCUCGCUUAGGCAGACAGUGGAUGCCUUGUUAUUUAAAGGAUCAGUACCGCUCACAGAAAGUAGGAAGAGGUGUCUGGCUUUGACUGUGGUUCUUUUGGCACUCAUAUAUCUUGGAUCAACUAUGAUUCCUAAUAUUUGGACUGCUUUCAAAUUUACAGGGGCGACAACAGCAGUCUCUUUAGGUUUUACAUUCCCAUCUCUCAUUGCUCUAAGGUUGAGCAAAGAAGGGAUUGGUUUGAGUCACAAGGAAAAGAUAUUGUCUUGGUUCAUGUUAGUAUUGGCCGUUGUAGUUAGCAUUGUUGGAGUGGUUGGAAAUAUUUACAGCCUCGCUAGCUAGAGGGAUUGGCUUUUGUUA